AAAUCAGUUUUCAGUUAGUUCUGAAUCAAAAACAUCUUGCUUCGGCGUCUUAACCCACGUUAGUGCGUUUGAUUUUGUAAAGAUUCUGUUCAAAGUGUCUACUGUUUGCUUGCGAGUCUGUACCGCCAAGUGUCACAUCAUCAAUCAAUACGAGAGUUCAAUAGUGCAUUCAAAUCGACCCAGUUAUUAGCCAUCCGUAGAGAGGUCCAAAGUUGAAUGAGUCGUAUUCAGUGUUAGAAUACUGUGGAAGCAGAAAAAAAAGUCCAAUCACGAUUAAUCGUUAUAAAAAAAGAAAACCGUUUGACGUCAGCAGUAAUUGAUCGGCCACCUCGUACGAUCCAUUUAAUGUCAGUCAGAGCGGAAAGUUUAUCAUCAAAAGAGUUUAAAAUAAUCAUCGAACGUUUGUGUUUAAACACAAUCGGAUUUUAAUGAAUCCUAGCAGAUCGGUCCCCUAGAGCCUAUCGCCUGUGUCCGCAGUUGAUCCGUAGCGGAGGUCAAAAUUGCGCCAAUAAGAACACUGGGCAAUCGAAUCGACGGCCACUAUCGAGCAAGAAGUAGUGUGAAGGAGACCGCAAUAGACUACGCUGAUCCUACACGCGGCCAUAUGUUGAGCAUCGAGCAGAAAGUUAACCUAUCAGAAUUAAUGCUACUGAAUGUGCUCAUAAAACACCUUAUAAACUCAAACAUUACAUAACGUUCAACAAUUUGUGUUAAUAAAACACAGAAAAGCCCUUUACUCUAAAACCCGUUGAGCGUUACUGGAAACGUGGACGGAAAUUCAAAGUAGAAGCUACUGGAAAGCCAGCUCAAAUUUCUUCCGUAGUCAAGAAAGUGAUCGGGUAAAGAAGCAGCAAGACUUCUUUCACCGAAGCCAGAUAUACCGAGAGAGUAUCGUCGCUUUUUUCGCAAACCUUUGGAAUCGUUUUUUCUCUACCAGCUGAGUUACAUCCCAUUCAACUAGGAAUGAUUAACUUGAAAAUUCUUUGCCUCGUGGCCGUGCUGGUCUCGCUGGCUCCACACAUCAGUGGACGGGCUGUAGACCUUGAUCAGGACAACUCGCUGUCGGCAUCUUCUUCCGGGUCACGAGUGACGAGGCCAAACUUCGUCAAAAUCACCUCACCUCCGCCGAUGCAGAUCACCCAAGUUCGGGGAACCACAGUGGAGCUCGAAUGCGAAGUUAUGGGCUCACCAACUCCCUACGUCCAGUGGGUUCAUGGCAGCGGUCAAACAGCCGAUUGGGACGAUAUCAGCAUGAAUAUCAUAAGCGAAAGUAGCCCAACAACGAUGGCUCGUGUCGUUUCGCGUCUUGUGCUAGACCAUUCGUCGCGUGCCGCUGAAAGUACAUUCACCUGCAUCGGCCGAUCCGGGGGUCAAAUUGCCGUCGCCUCGACCACCGUUUAUCACGUCGAUCCGGCUCGUGCCAACUUCACUGAUCUCCUGAAGCCAUCUCACAAUCCCUUCAAUCGGCUGAAGCAAACACGCAUCACCCUGCACUACAAGGCCCUGUUCGAGUUCAUGGGCUCGACCGUGAUUCUGCCAUGCAAAGCCAUCGGCCGACCGGUGCCGGAAAUCACCUGGAAAAACGAGGAAGGCAACGUCGUCAGCAGCAUGCAGGAUCCUCGCUUCCGGACUCUUCCCACCGGAGAGCUGGUCAUCAACGACCUCCGAUGGGCUGACAUGGGUUCCUACACCUGUGUGGCCAAGAACGCCAUCUCGAAGGAUGAGGCCGAAACUUUCCUCUAUCCGAUUCGGCCCAAUUAAUAUGACCCAUGAGCACCAACCAUCUCCCACAUUUAACUGUGCCAGAAAUAAACCAAUAAAUGCAUUUGAAUCAUCAUCGAUGGUAUCGUGGAAUCAACAAAAGCUAAAAACACUUAUGCCGUUUACUUAACUUAUUGAUCCUCACCGAAGGGUCCAGUACCAUGUAAUUUAUUGAAAGCUACCUUCAUUAUUCUAGUAUUUUUUUACUGUUCAAAGCUAAGUUAUUAAGAUUUUCUCUUAUUAUGAUAGAAAAUAUACUAAAUGUCCACAACUAUGAAUCUCAAGCCCUAAAGUAUAGAUAAAAUUAGACUUAAUAUUAUCAAAAGAAAGAAUUGAACCAAUUAACAGUAAUGAAAAUCUUAUUUGAUAACAACCGUAAAUAAACUUUAAAUAAAAUCAA